UAAUGGUAUUAAACCACGUAGUUCAUUUAAGCUUUUCUGAAAUGUCGAGUCAGUGGUUGUUUGAAACACUAUUUAAAAUCUUGCUCAAAGUGGUCUACGUUUUGAAUAUUGUACCAAUGCCUGACCAGCAGGUCAAUAUUACCUAUUGCUUAAAAACGUUUAUCUAUUUUGCGUCAUAUACAUUUUUACUGGUAACAUCUGUUCAAUAUGAAUAUAACUUUAAUUAUGGUUUGUCAAAAACUGAAAUAUUUAACAUAUGUAUAGCCAUCACGUCUGUAAUUUUGAGCUAUUUAAUACUUAUGCUAAUACUCUAUUCCUACUUGCGAAAUAGUUUAUGGCAAUGUUUUUACCAAAAAGUUGGUAAAUUCGAAUACGGUCAGGUUAAUGAAAUACUCAGCUUUAGAAAUAUAACCCUAUUGCUCUUUUUCAUCUUUGAAGUUGUUGGGGUUCUAGUCAUGGCUCACUAUAUCUUCAUCAUUUAUGAGCAAACUCACCAAUCUGCAUACAGAACAAUAUUAGCGGUGUCCUGCCCUUGCAUUUCCUUCUGCUACCAAAUAUGCCAAUGGACGGUCAUGUUGCUAUUCAUCAAAAAUAUACGCGAUCAAGUGGAAAAAUCUGAGAAACAUUUAGAUCUUAAACAAUUAAAUGUUAAGAUGGCGAAACACCUCUUCUUGGAAGCCCGAUUAUUGUCCGUGCUAUUCAAUCGCAUAUUUGGCUAUCAGCUUUUAGCUACUUUCGGCCAAUGGAUUUUAUUUAUUUUGGAGGUGGGAAUUCAGUCAGAUAUAAUUUUGAACCCUGAAAAGUUCAAUGCACAUUUUGAGAGUCCUAUUUCAGUUUUUUUUGUGUCACUUAGUGGAAGAAUAGCUGCAACAGCGUUCGGACCAUGCUCAAUUGCAUUUGCAUGCGACUUGGUCACAUUGGAGACUGAAAAACUACUGAAUUCGUGCUAUCAAUUGCAAGAGGAGUUUGACUGCAAAUCCCAUGAGUAUCAACAACUCCAGUCCUUUGGAUCCUAUAUUUCAAAUAACGGAAUUCGAUUCACCGCUGCUGAAUUUUUCGAAAUAAAGCGAUCCACAAUUCUGUCAGUGAUUGCCACAUCUACCACAUACUUUGUAGCCUUAGUGCAGUUUUUUUAAUGUGUUUCAUGAGAUAAGAUAAAACGACGAAUUCUUAUUUACUCCAAUUAGUACAACAGUAAGAUUUUUGAUACCUGUACACAAAACAUUCGAUUUUUGCAUUUUAUCUUCAAUUCCGAUGUUAUUAUUGUAAUAAUAGAUGUUACUUUUAAGGAGAAUUCAAUUUAAGACAAAGCAGUAACAUUUUAGUUUAACUUUUUAGCGUAAUUUGUUAGGACUACUGAAUAAAGUAGGCAUUAGGCAGAA